AUGGCCGCACCCACACGUGGGCUACGAUGGCUCACGACAAGCGCAGGAAGGACUGUACUGCCUACUGUAGCACCCGCAGCACGACCAGUGCCUCUCUAUGUCAGAGCCUUGCCAGGCUCGAGGCGAUCUGCAGCCAGUGGCACUGCGCCUCUGUCUGCCACCACAGGCUCACCAGGCCAGUCCAUCGCCAUCGAUCAACACCCAGCGACGUCCUCUGCCGAUCUCACGCCCCUUCCGGGCUCAUCCGCUCAAUUGGCAGAGAUCUCGUUAUCUGAGGGCCCAGGCUUGGCUUCAUCUGUCUCUCAUCCCCAAGACUGGUCAACGUCUUUCUCUGGUCUAUCGGUCGAGCCCUUCUCGGCAGAGAUUGCCAACGUCUUGCUCGAGCCUCUCGAUCCUGAGGAUAUAGAGAUCAAGCCAGAUGGCUUGCUCUACUUGCCAGAGAUCAAGUAUCGGCGGAUACUCAACCAAGCCUUCGGACCUGGAGGAUGGGGUCUGGCUCCUCGAGGGGAGACGACGGUGACGACGAGAACAGUCUCGCGAGAGUAUGGUCUCGUCUGUCUCGGCAGAUUGGUAUCAGUUGCAAGAGGAGAACAAGAGUUCUUCGAUCCCAGUGGGGUCUCAACAGCGACAGAGGGUUGCAAGUCCAAUGCGCUCAUGAGAUGUUGCAAAGAUCUCGGCAUCGCCAGCGAGCUCUGGGAUCCACGCUUCAUCAGAGCUUUCAAAAAGGCCAAUUGCGCAGAGGUCUGGGCAGAACACGCCAUGACCAAGAAGAAGCGCAAGCUGUGGCGAAGAAAGGACACCCGACUGGACUACCCCUACAGUGAAAGCUAG